AUGGGCGCCUACAAGUACCUCGAGGAGCUCUGGAAGAAGAAGCAGUGCGACGUCCUGCGCUACCUCAUGCGCAUCCGGGCGUGGGAGUACCGCCAGCAGACGAAGGUCUGCAGGGUGACGCGGCCGACGCGCCACGACAAAGCCCAUAAAUUGGGGUACAAGGCCAAGGAGGGCUACGCCAUUUUUAGAUCUGCCGUGCGCCGCGGCUCGCGCAAGCGCCCGACGCACCGCGGCGUCGUCUACGGCAAGCCCAAGCACCAGGGCAUCAACCAGAUCAAGUUCGCGCGGAACCUGCAGGCCGUCGCCGAGGAGCGCGUCGGCAAGAAGGCCGCGAACCUGAGGGUCCUCAACUCCUACUGGGUCAACCAGGACGCGACGUACAAGUACUACGAGGUCAUCUGCGUCGACCCGUCGCACCAGGUGAUCCGCAACGACCCGCGCAUCAACUGGAUCUGCGGCGCGACGCACAAGCACCGCGAGUGCCGCGGCCUCACGUCGGCGGGCCGCAAGUCGCGGGGCCUGCGCAAGAAGGGCCACCGCGCCAACAAUUUGAUUGGGUCGUCGCGCCGCGGCGCCUGGAAGCGCCGCAACAACCUGUCGCUGCGCCGCUACCGCUAG